CCGAAGACGUGUGCAUCGUGGAACGGCUCUUUUCCAGCAGCCUGGUAGCCAUCGUGAGCCUCCGGGCGCCUCGCAAGCUGAAAGUCUGCCACUUCAAGAAAGGGACGGAGAUCUGCAACUACAGCUACUCCAACACGAUCCUGGCCGUCAAGCUGAACAGGCAGAGAUUGAUUGUCUGCCUAGAAGAGUCUCUGUACAUACAUAACAUUCGGGAUAUGAAGGUGUUGCACACCAUCAGGGAGACGCCCCCGAAUCCUGCGGGAUUGUGUUCCCUGUCCAUAAACAAUGAUAACUGUUACCUGGCCUAUCCGGGGAGCGCGACCAUUGGCGAAGUCCAAGUCUUUGACACCAUCAACUUGAGGGCUACCAACAUGAUCCCCGCUCACGAUAGUCCGCUGGCCGCCCUGGCAUUUGACGCGAGCGGUACGAAGCUAGCCACCGCCUCGGAAAAGGGCACGGUGAUCCGGGUGUUUUCCAUUCCAGAGGGGCAGAAGCUCUUCGAAUUCCGAAGGGGCAUGAAGAGGUGCGUCAGCAUCUCUUCAUUGGCCUUCAGCAUGGACGGCAUGUUCCUGUCGGCUUCCAGUAACACAGAGACGGUGCACAUUUUCAAACUGGAGACUGUGAAAGAGAAACCUCAGGAGGAACCGACAACCUGGACGGGGUACUUUGUGGAGACCAUUCGGACGUUCCCAAACUACCUGCCUGCCCAGGUGACCGAAAUGUUCAACCAAGGCCGAGCCUUUGCAACUGUCCGGCUCCCCUUCUGUGGGCACAGAAACAUCUGCGCCUUGGCCACAAUUCAGAAAAUUCCCCGACUGUUGGUAGCAGCUGCCGAUGGGUAUCUCUACAUGUACAAUUUGGACCCUCAGGAAGGGGGUGAAUGCACACUGAUGAAACAGCACAAGUUGGAUGGCAGCAUGGAGCCAGCCAAUGAAAUUCUAGAAUCUGCCUCUCACGACAGACCAUUGGUAGCACAGACCUACAGUGCCGCUGUGACCAGAGGUGCUGCUUAUAUGCCUUCUUCGCCCACAAGACAUGUCUACAACGAAGAUCUGGGGGCGGUCGGCGGCGUCUGCCUGGAGGACGACAUCGGCGCCCUGCGGCUCGACGACGACAGCGAACAUCCUCCCAUGAUCCUUCGGACUGACUGAACUUCAACCUGUGAAUUGCAUUCCCCCAAGCUGAGAAACGCCGGCCUGAGGCUUCCGGAGGACUCGUGUCGAGACGCUGCUACGGAGUCCGGCCUGAGCCAAGAGUGCGAACCUCGAAGGAAGACAAGACUUCCCUCUGAGAUCGUUUCAAAGCAACACACACACACACACACACACUCACACACACACACACAUACACACACCCCAUCCUAGCUUGUAGUGCCGGUUCCAUGCCACCCGAGGUGGAAACGCACACCUAGAUUUCACUUCAAUUGGCUUCCCGCUUCCUUUCUUUUCUUUUUCAGCCGUCAGGAAAUCACCCCGUAUAAUUUUUUUCGUUGUUGCCAAAAAAAAAAACCAACCCCAAACCCUGCUAUUUAUUCAGCACCUUUGAGCUUUUGCAUGCCUCCUUGUGCCAAGUGAAAAUAGGCAAGCUGAUUCAUUUUAUAAACCGUUUUUUGUUUUAAUUUUAAUUUCUAAAAGAAAACAAAGUUUGCGAACUUCACACUGGGCAUUGGCGAGGGGGAAGGAAGAGCAGCAAGGAUGAACUCGAGAUGCUUUCGCUUCUACUUCUUCUGCCUGGACAAGAAAAUAAUUCUUUAAAAAAAAGAAAAGAAAAUCCAAGUGGCUUUUUUCACGCACGGCUUAAACAGGCGUGCCUGGAGAAUUUGUGACACUACUUUUACUAAAGAUCAAGUGUUUUCCUUCCCCUCUAAAUCUCCCGCCCCCUUUCCUCUCGUUUCACGAUCCAAUUUCCUCCACCUCUUUUCUCUGGUUUGUAUCAUUAUUAUUAUUAUUUUUUUUUUGCUUUCUCCCUGGCUCCUCAAGACCAUUUUGGUAAUUAAAACUCUUCCUGAUUCUGCCUCGUUGUGGUAUUUUUGUCUCUUCCAACGUGGCCUUGUUUUUCCAAGCAUCUUCCACCAUAUAGACAAGGCUUUGAUCGGCCGAGGAGAGAGUGAGAAAGAGAGAGAAGGGAAGAGCAAAGCUUUUAUCUCUCUUUCAGAGCCAUCUUUAGAAGCUGUGUGAAGCCAGGAAUCCUGGCUUAGCAGACCGCUGUAGGUUGCAUAUCGAUUAGGUUUGCACCGUAUGUUGCAAACAACCAGGCAGUGAAGAGAUCAGAAUUUUGAGGGCAAGUGGGGGGUUUUGCACACAUUGGCAAUCCCUUAAAUGCCUCUUUUUUGGGAUCUCUGGGUGAGCUCCAGAACUGCUGGGAUGUGGGUUCCUCUCUAUCCCUUUUCCCCCGCCCCCAUUUUUGAAUCUAGAUCUCUUCCCAGCCCUGUCCCGUGUUACUGGGAUCCCAGUUUGAGCUGGCUUCUUUGGCUACAACGCUUGAGCUUGGCACAGAAGUCUGUCCUGCUUUAUUUGCUUGCUUGAAGAGUGAAGGGAACUGGCUGUGCUUGUUAACCAGCAUCAUGGUUUGUUACACCAAAAUCCACCCCCACCCACCCCCGGGCUUCCUACGAUGUCAUAACCUGGUUAGCAUGUUGACUUUAACAAGUGUUAAGUUGUUAACCAGAAAGUAUGUUAACGUUGGUUUUAUCCAGGCUGUAUAAAUCUACCUGUCUCCCUUGAAAUCCCUUCCCUGUCUGUAGCUUUUUUUAAAACUCUUUUCAGAAACUCUUCAAAUCCCUAGAAUCUAUCCUGGGUUUGUUUGCUGCUGCUGGACAAACCCUUAUUUAUUUUGUUUCUCCUUUUUUCAGAGCGGAACGAGCUCCUGUGGAUAUCAACCUGUCCCUUCCAGCUUCCUUCUCUAGUCAGGAGGUUUAUCCCUCUAUCUGUCAUUUUGUCAUGCUGUCCAUCCCUACAGUUAGCUCUAGGAAAUUAAAAGGGUGAUGCCUGAACUUUGGGGUGUCUUCUGAAGGAUGUCUUCGAAGAAAGAACUCAUUUUUGGCAUGUCAGUUAAGGCCCACGUGUUCUCAAGUUUUGCGGUUCAAGAUUUAAACGGAAUCAUGUUCCUGUAUCCUAUUUUUUGCUUGUUUGUCUCCUUGGCUGUAGCUCUUCCUCCUCCUCUUCUCGAGGCGUUACAUGGCCUAACCUGUUGUGUCAUUUCUCACUUCCAACAGCUUGCACGAAGCUUGUCGUAUCAUGGGGAAUUUUUUUUUUAGAAAAACAACAACGAUCCAAUCUUGUUUGCGACUGCCAGGACUUGGAUGAAAACGUGACCAAAAUCGGAGGGGGAAAAAAAACCUGCCUUUUCUUUAUUGAGCUGUAAUAAUGUGCCUUGUUCCAUUUUGUUUUGAACCUUUUGAGAUUUGUUUCCGUGUGCCAAGAAGAAAAAUGUGGGAGGGAAAAAACCUCGUUUGGGUGUGAACGUUUUGAUUUUUUUUUUUUUUUCAUAGAACGUUAGCCAUUUUGGGGUGUCCCCCCCCCCUUUUCCUUCCUUUGGAUAAAAUGAUCACUGGGUCUUCCUCUAUUGUGGCUUUCUCUUCUGGGAACCAAAAUAAAUGAAAAUAUUUGCUGGAAAGAAAUACAGGAAGAGAAAAACUGGGUGGGUGGGUGGGAUGUGUCUUUACAAGAAGGAAAAACAAACUCUAUUUUUUUCCUUGCUCCUUCUGCUAUUAUACCAAUUUAGGCUUUUUUGCUUUUGUUUUUGUUGAGUUGGGUCAAAAUGAGAUCCUU